AUGGAACGUGCGCCGGACAUCUUUUCUACAUCGCCAUGCCUCAACUCUACUGUACCUUUUUUUCUGCCAUAUGUAACAGGAGGAGUUUCAGCUUUUCUUUGUCUUAUUACGGUGCCGGGAAAUUUGCUCGUGGUUUUAGCUGUUUUCAUUGAUCCCAACAAAGAUUUACGUUCUCCGUUUAUGUACUUUGUUGCAAACCUUGCCAUGGCUGAUUUACUAGUAGGACUGGUCACCGAUCCUCUAUCAGCUUUCUACCACAUGAAGAACGCACUUGGGCUACUUGACUACGAAACACUUUAUAUUCCAUCUGUUCAUAUACCAUUCUUCAUCUCCUGUACUGCUUCAGUACUAAGCUUGGCCGCGUUAACUGUCGAUCGCUACCUCGCUAUUAGUUCACCUUUUCGAUACAGGGCUAAACUGAACACGAUGCGUGCGGCGAUGGCUUGUGGUACAGUAUGGACCCUUUCACUGAGUUUUCCGUUUGCUUACCUAUAUAUUGGAUUCUAUCACUACGCCUUUCUCUUUGCUAACACUGCUGUGGCAUUGACAUUUCUCGUCCUAUUGUUUGCCUAUAUACGGAUUUACAAAAUAUUUCGUCGUCAAGUACGCGAAUGGGACAAACUACAUGACAGCACAGAAGAAAAUCGUGUCAAGAAAUGUACGAUGAGAUGGGAGCAAAAGAUAACCAAAACUCUACUCAUCAUGUUAGUUUUAUUUAUUUCAUGUUAUUUUCCCGCGUGCGCUCUCAUAUAUAUUAUCAAUUUGUGUAACACAUGUAAUUGUGACCUUAUUUUGUGGGCUCGUGACCUUCAGUUUUUGCUUAUUUUAGCAAACAGCUCUAUGAAUCCGUUCAUCUAUUCAUGGCGGUUGAGAAAUUGCAGAAGAGCGUUUCUGUGGAUUGUUACUUGUGGAAAGAAAGGGGGUAAACAGCGGCAGUAUGUGUAUUCAUUCGAAAUGCGAAGCUUUCGUCGCGCUUCUACACCCACUCCGUCAUAAAGACAAAAUACUUGUACUGGCAAUUUCAAUAGUUCUGUAUGUAAAGUAUUAAAGCAACUUUAAAUGUUUAUGUUCAAAAUUGGUAAAUAAAUUGUUAUGAAGAGCACCUCGUUGGAGUCGUGUUAAAGUCGAUCCAGCUUAGAACUGGCCUCCCACGCAAACGUUUGAUGUCUAUACUACCAGUAGCCCCUCAUUUUCCCUCAGGGAUAGUAGGGCGAGCAAAACGAGAACGCGCGUGAAAAUCGCGCGCUCGCGUUUCGCUUGCUCUACUUUCCUUGAAGGAAAAUGAGGGAAUAGUCGUAAUCUAUUUAAGGUCUUUUAAGGGGAGCUAUAUUUACCCGGCGACGUUUGAAACAGGUUAAACUUAUUCCGAUGACAUUUACGUUUGAUAAAGCAGCGUCGGAAACUCAUAAGAAGAAUGGCAUUUUACCAUCUAUUAUAGGACGUAGGGGAGGGUGAUGUUAAGCCCUUGGCCUCUUCCCUCGAGCCUUACCCCCUCCAUUCCUCUUUCAGUUUGUAAUAUAAAGUAACGGUGUUUUCUCUAAGUUUAAAAUAACACACUGGCCAUUACCCUUUGUUUUCAGUCUGCUACAUGUUUAACGAGCUGUUUUCCUGUUUUCCUAGUGUAGAGUGCAAAAAACGACAAAAAGCAAAAAGAGCGAUUUUAAAAUUGGUCACCGUAUUUACGGAAUAUUCUCUGAUCUAUCAAAAAUAUAUAUAAUAUAAAAAUAUAUAUAUUAUAAACAUUGACAAACCACACUUACAGGAGUUAGCAUAGCUAAUCGAGACGAGUUGUCAAAAAUAAAAACAAAAAUUAACUCAACCUCCAUCUUGGUCAACUUUGUACCAAGGAAAACGGAAAUUUAGGUGUCACGUGAAAAUGCCUAAAAUCAUUAUUUUCCUCUCACGCUUUUUUUUUUAAUGCGAACUGCGUUCAAGAUUUUCAUACAUUUUUUUUAACAAAUUAUACUUCCAACAGGAGUGGAAUUUAUCAGGGACACCGAACGAGUGUUUUCUGUUUAAUAUCUGUUUUAAGAAGCAAAAAAUAGCCUAUAAUUUUCUACAGCUUGAGGAAGUAAGGAAGGCUAAAAAUUCAUAGAUUACCGUUCCGUUCAUGCACAAUUUUCAUGCACAAUUUUUUUCAAAGCUAUUUUUUCGUAGAAAAAGAAAAGUUAAAAUUGUCGGAUUCGAAAAGAGAGAGGUAUCAGAAAAGUUUUUACUUUCGUAAAACUUUAAAUUGCGUCUAAAACUUUCGGGAAUAAUAAUAACGAAGCCCUUUUAAUUUCGAAAAGACUCAAGUACUCCUAGGAUGAUCGAACAAAUACAAAUUAUAUAGCGCCACUUAGAAUACAUUUUUAUAGAUCUAAACAGGCUGUCUAAAAGCACUCUGGAUAGCCUAAAAAGUGUUUUCAAUGUAUUGAGGAGGAAACAGUCAUUGAGUGGCCCUGAUCUACGACCCCAGAUGCACUACCACUAAGCUUCAGAAGACUACUGGGAGCUAGGGCCAUUAAACUACGUAAAACUUGGUUAACGUUACAAACAUUUUCGACGUCAUUAAGCCACCUCUCAAGACACCAGGGAAAGGUUUAAGGACCCUGUCAGAAUGGCUCCAUCACCUAUAUUCGCGGUGUUCCCUGGCUUACACACGGUAACCACCUGUCUCGCCUAGCCAACUCACAGGCUUGAGGGCUUCUCCGUCCUACGUUUGGAAUGGAGAGAGAGAGGAACGCAGUAUAAGGAAAGAUUUUCCGCAGUGACUUGUGGCAUGGGAAAUAGGCACUGACAAGGGCUCAAAACGUGAGAGUGUUGUCGACGCACGUUUCGGCAAUACUCAAAAAGUGAAUUACCUUACGAUCAGGAUAAAUCACUUUUAAUGUUAAUUAAAAGAUAACAGAACUUAACAAAGCAGUCCUAAAGUGGCGAUGCUAUUCGCUAACUAACAAGAAAGGAAACUAGAAGGAAAAGUGAUAGGGAAAAAGACCGACUUUGACCAAUGGGAAGAAACUCGGUUGAAUAUAGGCAUGGUACUGCGCGAAAGCUCACCGGACCAGAGUCACGUCUGAGGUGUAAAUGUUGUUAAACUGUGAGAUUAGGGAAGACCAUAAAGGCUGCACGAACUUUCUUUGAACCCAAAAUAAAGGUCAAAAAGCGCAAAUCCUAAACAAACACUUAACAACCCCUUCAUAUAAUAAAUAACCACUUCAAACGACGCCAAAAAUAUCUGAGUAGAGUAAUAAUCUGUAAUGAACGGUCAACUGUAUACUAGGAACACUAGAAACAAAAGUACUAUAGUACUUCAUAUCGCUAUGCUUUGACAUAAUUGUCGUCAUUCGUAGUUCAUUGAACAUGUUGAUGGCUUUUUCCAUCAUAUUUAUUUCAAUGACAAGACUCUUAGCGUCAUCCAGCUUACAAAAGAUCUUGAUUAACAACAGGUGAAUGUCAACACAAAGGUGAUCAGCCAAGCGUGUAAUACCACGAAACACCAUCAUUUACAAACAAAAGACAACUAAUUUACGCUAUGUUAACACUGCCAGGAACAUAGGACAAAUGAAAGCCGUCGGUGGAAGGCAUAAUCCAGUCUUGUUGAGAUGAAUCAAAUGUAGUUUCCUCGAUUUGUACUCGGAGACCUCCUGACGGCAAUCCACCGACCUUCUUUGGUCAGACAGCUUGAUUAAGGGCCGCGAAACAGGUAGAGUAAUUAUAAAUGACAACCAGCUACGAAUGACUUCACAAAAGCGAAGUCGGUUGCUUUGACGAAUAUUGGUCUCGUCUAGUUUCAUCAGUCGACGUCUCCAGUCUUUUAAAAGUUUCCGUAGGUUAACAAACUAAGACCUGUACCUACCAGUGCCCACAAGGCCGAGAAGAAAGAGGAAGUACCGAAGAAAUUCGAACACUUUAAAGGCAUCAAACGAGUUGUUUAUAGUCUUUACAAUGUAUCACAUCGUCUGUUUGCGUUUGCAACGUGUUUAAAACCAUCGAACGACAACUAUUCUUGAUCAACUGGCCCGUGGGAAACGUCAAGUAUUGGAGACAUCAUACCAGUUUAAGCUGCGGCAUAAACUGCCGCCAGUUGUGUCUUCUAUCACUGUUACUUCUAGUACUGUUUCACAAAUAGUCUCAAGCCGCCAGAAUUGAUCACCAACGCUAUAAACCUUUAACAAGGUUACAUUUUUCACUUACGCGGUUCAAGGUGGCACUCGCCAAAGAAACCUAACCGAGGUCUUUCUGAAUCAAUAAUCAGUGAUGGGUUGAUAUUCGACUUGAAAGCGCCGUUUAUUACAGGUCUAAAAGUUGUAAGAAGCGACGUUUACUUGACCGAAAUGAACGAACCACCAUGGAGACACUAUGCUAGAGGAAUGCUACCAUUGUCACCAAUAGCUAAGAAAAGUCGAGAAAGUAACUGCUGGCCGAACAAAGGCGAUCUUUCCGAGUUGAAAAAAGACGGCGAUGGAGAAAAGUACAAAAAAGAGAAAAGGAAAAGAGGUAUUGUUGUUAACGUUAAGUCUCAUAUUAACAUCAUGCAACAAGAAAAUAGUCCUCAAACCCAAAACAGCAGGAAUGCAAUGCUCAGAAGACUAGCAGAUUGUUUCGCGUACAGACAGAUGACUACAAAAUCUAGGGCCAAGCGACACCGGGUUCUGGGGUUUCAUCCACGCUUGUAUACGAUACAUGAAAAUGCAUCUGAACUGGCCAAUGAUUUGGAUGCUACCUUCAAUAGUUUAAACGCAGACGGAGAUUUAAGGGAAUUCCAUACAAAGACGCCUACCCCAACUACAAAGGCCGAUAACACUUUGUCUACUUUGAAGCGAUGUGCAAGCUUUACUUCCUGUUGCCAAACAAACGAUCAGACAAUUGCAGCGUUACAUGAAGACAUCAAAGAACUUUGGAUGCGGCUUGAAACUGUCGAAAAGGAUUUUGCGUGGGCGAGGGGAAGCCUCUUAACAAUCAGCAACAAAGAUGAGACUAAUAAAACAUAG